UUGAAAUUCUAUCAGUAUUCUUUUUCUUUCACAUUUGUCUGCUACAUUAACCCAAUUCUAUGUUUCUUUAUUCUUCAGGGUGGUAAAGUGCCUAUUCGGUGGACGGCACCGGAGGCUGUGAUCUAUCGUCGAUUCACUAUUGCUACGGAUAUUUGGUCAUUUGGAAUUGUCAGUUGGGAACUGUUCAGCUACGGUACACGGCCUUAUUGGGAGUGGACCAAUCAGGCUGUCAUAUCCAUGCUAGAGAAAGGCUAUCGUCUACCCUGUCCAACCGGCUGCCCCCCGGCAGUGCACAGAAUGAUGCUGAAUUGUUGGGCUACGGAUGCGGAAAAACGUCCGGAUUUUUGUGCUAUUCAAACAUUACUCCAGAAUUUAAUGGACAGCGAAAAUCAGGAUUUGAUUGACACAACGGAGGAACAACAAAAGAACGCAAACAGUAGUGCAUCCGAAGGAUUCAAGCGUCCAUCAGUCAAUGGGAGCCUCACACGGAAUGUCAACACCCUUUCCACAAACAAUACAGCCACAAAAGCGAGCACUGCCAUUGUAAACACUACGAUGACCAAUACAUACGUAGGAGACAGCAAGCCUGCUCUAGCUGAACUUGAUUUGCGGUCAAAUAGUGUAAACUAUCACAACGUUUCCCAUCCAAAUCAACAACAACAACAGCAACAACAGCCUAAACUAGUCACUCAACGCCAACCACAAUCGGUGAGCACUGAUUGGGAAAAACUGGGACCGCGUCCUAUGGAAAAUUUGAGAUACCAAUCAUCAAUCGGAAUGUCGUCCGAGAAUCAUGUGACUCACAACCUGAUUUCCGGUCCGCCGCGAGCUGAAACAGCUAGUCCAUAUUGCAACGUGAACAAAUACUGUGAUAACACUAUUCCAACCACAAGUGAACAGUCCAUCAGUUCCAACGACCAAACCCAUUUCCUCAACCGUGGAUGGCUUCGUGCUUUUCCUGAUCCACCAAUAUUACAGAAUGUCAAUUUCCAUUUGCCCGAACUAUUCUCUUUACGUCGAAUUCGAUAUUGA